AUCGACUCACAGCUGUGUGACGGCUGCACGAGAAUGUUCAUGAACUUGGCUUCGGGCCUAAAGCUGACUUGACACGCUUUAGCUCGUUGCUUCUUAAUCUUUCUACGGACUCGGUGGCUCGAACCUUCCGACUCGAUCUUGUCUUCCAAGACGUACAUAGGAAAGCACAGCCUUGACCCCCUGUGGAUCUCGCUGUAAUCGACACUCCACUAUUCCUACUUGACCUUUAUACUCUGAGAGCAACAACUGUCACACCCAGAAAUCUAAUAAGCACCCAUCAGUAAGCAAGAUGGCUGCUGCCGAGUACUAUCUAGGCAGCCAGGGAGCGCAACAGUACCACAGUCAGCAACCUCCAGCACAAUCAUGGCCACGACAGCAGUAUAACACACCACCCUACGCCAACACGCCACUGCCUUCGUAUUUGCCAGAUGAUCCCCAGCAACAAAAGCAACAGUUACAACCCUACCUUCCUUCACCUUCACCCCAACAGCAGCAGCAGUACCCUGGAAAAGGCUAUCAAGGAGCAGCAGCACCAUACUUCCCUCCUCCACCACAACAGACAAAUGGAUACCUAGGUCCGCCGCUACAGCACGUACGCAGCCACUCCCAGCCAGCUGCUCGAGUCCGAUUUGCGGACCAAGAAGCAACUGCACUCAGCUCAGCAACCGAAUCGGACAGCGACUCAUCUCCACGGCGCAGACACCGCCAUCGUCAAAGUCGCGAUCGUACACGUGAUUACGACCGUUCGAGAGACCUAGACUCUGACUACAGCGACCGAGACUACGAUCGUCCUCGCGGGAACCGGAUUAAAACUCACCAGAAGAAGCAUGAGAACAGGGACACGUUCUUGGGCGCUGGCGCUGGAGGUAUCAUCGGCGAUGCUAUCUUCCCUGGUCUCGGCACCGCAGCAGGUCUCAUUAUUGGAGGACUUGGCGGUAGGAAAUAUGCAAAAGACAAGCGAAGCCAUAGUGAAGAAGACCGUUCGCACCGACACCGAGACGCAUACCGCGAAGGAAGAGACGAGGGUCGUGAGGACAGAGAGUACGGGAGACAUAGACAUCGCGGUGCGUACCGCGAGGGCAAGGAAGAGAGGAGAAGAGACAGAGCUAGAGACUCCGGUUACGGAUAUGACGAGCGAGACAUCGAAAGUGGAUAUGGAAGAGAUGAAGGGUACAACGCCUACGAAGAAGGUCACAAACAGCGCGGGAAGCACAGGAAGUAUGGCCAGCAGGGCUGGGACGAAGGCAGUGCAACCUUCAAGAGCGGCACAGCUGUGCGAUAGAUGAGUCCGAGGCCUGCAGCCAUUGACGACUU